GCACAUCCGGAAACCAAACGCCCCUUACUGCCCCAGCAACUCGCCCUGGCCUGGCUUGCACACGCAUGUUCUCGGCUCCCAACCUCAGCCUGGGCUGCCUGACGAUCGCCUGCUCCCAACCCUAGGAAGACGAGCGGAGGUGCGGAGACGUGGAGCGGCUGCUGGCGGCGCCGGCGACCUGCGCUGGAUCGGGCUGACGUGCGGAGCCGCGGUCUUGCGGAGGGAGAGCCGGCGCGGCUGCGCUGCGCCUGGAGGCCGGUGCGGGCGGUGGCGACUGGCCUCGCCUAGAGGCCGGGUCGGCGCCUGGAGGCUGGCGGCCCGUCGCGGGCGUGCGGCCCCUUGCCUAGAGGCAGGCGCGGUGGCGUCUGGAGCCUGGAGGGUGGAGGCCAAGGCUGCGGGGCUGGACCGGCGCACCGCAGAGGCACGUAGGGCAGGCGGACGGGCGGGCAAACAGAAGCAGCCCCAAGCAGCAGGCAGAAGGUGCACAGUCGUGUGUUAACAUUGUACUGGCCAGAGGAGAUUAGGACUAAGCAUGGGGGCUCCAAAACAGAGGUGGACAUCUGAGGAAGAAGCUGCUCUUAGAGCUGGAAUAGCAAGGCACGGAGUUGGAAAAUGGCGCACAAUAUUGAAAGACCCAGAUUUUAGUUCCACCUUGUGCUACCGCUCAAAUGUUGACCUCAAGGACAAAUGGCGCAACAUGAAUGUAAUUGUCAGUACAUCGAGUUCUCGUGACAAGGGAAAGGCCGCAGUGAAGAAAAUACGAACAACUCCCAAGAAUAAUGAACACACCACAGCAAUCAGCAUAGUUACUUCUGAUAUUGAUGAUGAGAUUGUUGAUGACAAGCCUGUAGCAUCAGUGCCUAGUGAAGCACAGAAUGCAUCGAAUCCAAAGAAAUCUCACUCGAGACUGGAUAAUAUUAUAAUGGAGGCUAUAAAGAGCUUAAAUGAGCCUACAGGGUCUCACAGAACUACUAUUGCUAAUUACAUAGAGGAGCAAUAUUGGCCACCUAGUGAUUUUGAUCACUUACUAUCUGCAAAACUGAAGGACUUAGCCACCAUUGGCAAAUUGAUAAAGGUGAAUCGGAAGUACAGGAUAGCACCUAGCUCGCCUAAUUUAGAGGGCCGAAGCCCCAAAAUGCUUCUGUUGGAAGACUUGCAAAGAGAGCCCAUCAAAAUGGGGAACAAUGACAGUAAAACCCUUACGAGAUCUCAAGUUGAUGCUGAAUUGGCACGUAUGGCAACCAUGACUGCUGAGGAAGCUUCAGCGGCUGCUGCUCGUGCAGUUGCUGAAGCAGAGGCUAUCAUGGCAGAAGCUGAAGCAGCAGCGAGAGAAGCAGAGGCUGCAGAAGCAGACGCCCAAGCUGCACAAGCCUUUGCUGAAGCAGCAUUUUUGACACUGAAGAACAGAAACGCUGCAAAAUUGAUGGCCCAAGCUUGAUGCUACUCAGCAGCUGUUCCAGACCAGCGCUGCCGUGGUGUUGCCAGCUACUACCUGUGUUCAACUGUACAUGUUUACUGUUGUCACUGUUGUCCGGUUAAAAGCAGCUGUCCCGGUGGUUGUAUCUUGCAUCACGUUUAUGUUACUGGGAGAGCCAUGUGAGCUCCAACCCAUGGCCACCGGCAACAUUACCAGCCUGCAAACCCAUUUCAGAAAACCCAGUGCCAUUCCCUGGCCCUCCACUAUCCUGGACACGCUAAACUCUUUGCCAAUGUCAAA